AUGUGUCAAUUGCUACCACCACCAAAGAGGUAUCCCAAAGAAGAUCCACCACCAGGAGCAGCAUGGACCUUGGUUGAAGCUCGAUCCGUGAUGAAGUUGAUACCAAGAAAUGAAAAAUUCGUUAGCCUUGGUGAUGAUCGCAGGGAUGGCAGAAGAAUAUGCAACGACUGUUUUUCCACUGCUAUCUUGGAGACACAAGGAAUUGAACCUCUUGUACGCUAUGUGCUAAGAUUCUUCGAUCAUUUGAAUAUGAAAAUAAAGGCACCUAUUCCUGUCUUCUCGGUUGACAGAGGGGAGAUGAGGAGACAAACAGCAGGAGGAACUGCUGUGGGAGUUAAGUCAAAUCCCUUCCUUUUUUUCACUUGGCCUUUGUUUAAGAUUGCCGUACAAAUCGAGCCUGUUCAUCCAGACACCACGGUACUUGGACUCACUAUGUGCUCAGACAGGGACAUCACUAGCGUUGACAAGUCUCGGUUACAAGGGAGAAAAGUUGCUACAGAAAUGGAGACUUACCGUUUCGGCCAUGAAUACAGAAUAAAGAUACUAGUUUUAUUUGGCCUGCCCUGGGUCAUGACCGGAGGAAUCUUAGCUCAUGAGUUUAUGCACGCAUGGCUGAGGCUUCAAGGCGUGUCACGCUUGAACCCAGAAAUCGAAGAAGGUAUAUGCCAGGUGAUGGGCUACCAAUGGCUGGAUUGGUUCGAAGCAGUAGAUCCAGAGGCAUCGUCUGGCAGAAGCGAGAAGGCUCAGUUCACGAGGAACUUGAAGAAAACUUUCAAGGGUGAAGUAGAAAACAUGUUAGACGGCGCUUAUGGUGAUGGAUUCAGAGAUGCUCAAUGGGCGGUCUCGAGAUAUGGCCUCGACCAUGUCAUCAGGCACAUUAUCCGUUACAAAACUCUUCCGAGAGGGUGA